GAUUUAAUCUGGUAAAGUUUGUGCCUUCGGUAAAGGAAGUUAAGUGUUUAGAUUUAAGGUAAUCAGAUUUUGGUGAUGCCAAGAUCCUUUUUGAUAAAGAAGAUGACGACCUCCCUGGAAGAUUCCUCCGACUGCACACCUAGCGCCUUCCAGCUCGUCAUCCCACGGAGAAAAGAUGUGAACGACAACAACUGCGCCUCCCCUGUGAAUACAGGCGACCACGGAACAGAACAUAUAUCAGGUGACCGUUCCGAUCAGGACAAAGAGACGUCAUCAAAAAUAUCAACCAUUGGUGGGAAUUUUGCAGCCUUCAGGCCAUGGCUGACGCAAGAACAGGGGACACAACUCUCGACCGUGAAAGAUUCCCAUUCGAAAGCUUUCCUGCCCGUAUGUGAAAACAGUCAGAUUGGGCAACAUCCGGGUUACCUGUUCGCGGGCCCCGCCAAGGAUAUGCACGUGCCCUUGGACAGUCUGCUUUUCUUCCCUCACAAUAUCUUCUACCCCUACCAGUAUGUCAAGUGUCCGACAAGGCCAGAUCCCACUCUAUUCUCGAGACUCGGCGGGAACCUCCGAGACAGUUUUCACAUGUCGGACAAGAAGGACUCUCACGAGAUCGCGUCAACAUUUGAGUGUGCGCAGUGCAACAAACUCUUCAGCACGCCUCACGGGCUCGAGGUGCACGUGCGACGUUGCCAUAGUGGCACGCGGCCAUUUGCCUGUGACGUAUGCAAUAAGACAUUUGGUCAUUCCGUGAGUCUGGACCAGCAUCGCUCUGUGCAUACUCAGGAGAAGAGCUUCGAGUGCAAGGAGUGCGGCAAGUGCUUCAAGAGAUCGUCCACGUUGUCCACGCACCUGUUGAUUCACAGCGACACUCGGCCCUACCCCUGCCCCUACUGCGGGAAGCGGUUCCACCAGAAGUCAGAUAUGAAGAAACACACGUACAUCCACACUGGCGAGAAACCUCACAAGUGUCUUCAAUGUGGCAAAGCGUUCAGCCAGUCCUCAAACCUCAUCACCCACAGCCGCAAACACACUGGAUUCAAACCCUUUGCCUGCGAUAGAUGUGGUCGUGCGUUUCAGCGGAAAGUGGACCUCAGGCGCCAUGUUGAGACACAGCACGCGCUGACCUUGUCCUCGCACGUGCAUCACGUGACAAACCUUAUUAACAUCAACUAGACCUCAGUAGACAAGCUUGAUCUCGAAGAACGGUGAACAAUGCCUGGUGAUAAUUUUAAUGCUCCGCUCAUGACUAUAUCGACACUGGGCUAUGUUAUGAUGAAGACAAACACCAUUGAGCCCCCCAAUCUCCACAUGGUACAAGAGACUGUGUCGGUUAAUGCUACUUUCAGUAUGUGACGCCUUGGGUUUUCGAAGCCGAAUGGGGUGCACGUGUGGCCCAAUCGUCUAAGGCGCCGCAAUUCGCUGUGCAGAGUUGCAUCCCUUGGGCACACCAGAAACCUUUGAUUGUGGGUUCGAAUCCCGGUUCGCCCCGAUUAUGUUUCUAGGUUUGUCAGCA